AUGCACUUGGUGCUCAGAUCCCACCGUCGUAGAACCAGUCUCAGGUCUCUGUUUCCUCCAGUAUACGGAGUCUCAAUAUUGGCACUCUCACUCUUCAACCCCGUUAGGUCAAUGCGUCAAUUGCAACACCAGUUCCGCGUUCGCCGUCAUCAUGUCCGCAUAUGGCUGCAGUACCUCAAGGCCAACCACCCGGGCUGUGCAGACAUCACCAGUAGCGAGAAUCGCCUGGGCCAGCUUCCCGUUGACGGGGAUGCUUCUACUGAGGUCCCUAAUGAGAUUGACGAUCCGGUUGAUAUCGAGACUGAGGUUGCAGAUGCCGAGCUGCCUGACGGGGACGAUUUCGACAACUUUUCUGUGCCCAACUUGUUGGCCGGCCAUACUGAACUGGAGGAGCUGCACGAUAUGAUUCGCCUGCAGCGGUCGUCUGCCUCUCAACCUCGGGCCAUUCGUUCGACGUCGAUUCAUGAGUUCAGUCUGUCACAGCCGCUUCUGUUACUGACGUUUCCUACCCUUUAUCCGCGCGGGCAGGCUGAUUUUGUUGAGCCGCGGGUCCGAUCAAUCAAGUACGAUUAUUACUUGCAGUUUGCCAUGAAGUGGUACGACAGUCGUUUUGUGCGGCAUCCGCGCUUUCGAUAUGUUGCGUUCAACACGCUUAUGCGCCACCACAUCAAUUCACGGAGCGGGUUCUAUAUCCAGCGGCCAGGAUAA